GUGCCCACCUCAAAGGCCUCAUGCCUAGUUACUGGAGGUCCUAAUUAUCAAACUUUCGAUGGAAACAAAUUUACUUUUAAGGGUACCUGUUCUUACGUGAUGGUUAAGACGGCAGGUGCAGACAAAACCCUCACAGAGUUCACCAUCAUUAACAAGAACAAAAUCGACCACACUGGAUUGGGUGCUUACAUAAACACAGUCACCAUAAAGUUCCACCAGCAUGAAAUCACCAUUGUUCAGCAUGACUACAACAAAGUGAUAGUUGAUGGGAAAAAAUCAGCCUUGCCUGUGGAUCUGGACUCUAAGAGUGUCACGAUAAUUCAAUCAGGAAAUAAGGGAAUCCUGAAGACAGACUUUGGUUUGGAGGUCACAUUUGACUGGGCCGCGUUCUUCAACGUGACCGUAUCCAGUAGCUACUUUGAUAACAUCGUGGGCAUGUGUGGAACCUACAGUGACAACCGUGAGGAUGACUUUGUCACACCAGAUGGUGUUGCUGUCAAAGACAACACAGAAUGGGGGCAGUCAUGGAGCGUUCCCAGUAAUGACCCUGAUUGCUGGUACUUUCUGUCAUGCUCUGAAGAGGAGAAGCGCCGGUAUAGUGGCCCGGAGUUCUGUGGCUUGCUAGAAGACGAAACCGGGCCUUUCGCUAACUGUAAGAGUACGAUUCAAUUAAACCAGCUAAAAUACAGGUGUCUCCUUAAUGUAUGUCUCAAUCACGGAAAGCAUGCUGACUACUGCAAAGCCUUGACCUCUUAUUCAAACAUUUGCAAAUGGGCAAAUACGGCUGUGUCACCAAACUGGAGGAAGAUGACUAACUGCUAGCUGGGCAAAUAAUCAAGAGGAGGACGUCGUGGACUUAUGAUGGUCAUCUGUGAUUAAAGAAAAGCAAUCGGUGGCGUGAAGAUAUAACUACUGGGAAUUUUUUUUAUCUAA